CGUUUUAGCCCAAUUUUCAUUCGGAAAAUUCUCUACUUUUUGUUGACUCAAAGACUCGAAUUCUUUAUCCUUUCACUCUCUCUGUUUGUUUUCGGGAUUAAAGCAUCAGAAUUUUAUGAUCGCUUUGUUGUUUUUAAAGUUUGGUUAUUGAUAUUUUGCUGUGAUUUUAUUUAUUCCGAUCAAUGACGGGGGAAUUGCAACUAGAAUCAGCAGAUGAAAGAAACCUUACUGACUCUGAUCCUCUUUUAGAAAACCCGGUCGAUUCGUCGUCGCCGGUCAGUUUGGCUGAGAUUAGGAAUGAAGAUAUUGAGAAUGUUUCUGCUCCUUGUUGUCGUAUUUGCCUCGAGUGCGAUGGCGAAGAAGAUGAUGAACUGAUAUCUCCAUGCAUGUGCAAAGGCACUCAGCAGUUCGUUCAUCGUGCUUGCCUUGAUCAUUGGCGAUCGGUAAAGGAAGGAUUUUCCUUCUCUCAUUGUACAACUUGCAAGGCUCGGUUUCACCUUCGAGUUGAAUUAUUCGAGGACAACUCUUGGCGUAAAUUAAAAUUCAGAAUUUUCGUGGCAAGAGAUGUCUUUCUUGUGUUCUUGGCAGUACAAACUGUAAUUGCAGCAAUAGGAGGCUUUGCAUAUGUUAUGGACAAAGAUGGUGCUUUUCGAAAUUCAUUCAGUGAUGGUUGGGAUCGCAUGCUAUCGAAACAUCCUAUACCAUUUUAUUAUUGCAUUGGUGUGCUGGCCUUCUUUGUCUUGCUUGGAUUUUUUGGGCUCAUAGUACAUUGCACCUCCUUCAACAGCAAUGAUGCACGGAUGGCUGGAUGCCAGAAUUGCUGUUAUGGUUGGGGUGUCUUAGAUUGUUUUCCUGCUUCCAUGGAAGCUUGCUUUGCACUGCUCGUGGUUUUUGUUGUAAUCUUUGUCAUUCUGGGGAUAGCUUAUGGUUUGCUUGCUGCCACAAUGGCAAUUCAGCGAAUCUGGCAGAAACACUACCACAUUCUUACAAAGAGGGAACUUACUAAGGAGUACAUAGUAGAGGACCUCCAUGGCUCUUAUACUCCACCUAAACUUGAUCCAGAGCACGAAGAACGCUUGAAAAUGAUGAAGCUAUUGUAAUGAUGGAUGAAGGUUAAAAGCCAUGAGAGGUAUUUGAUUAUUUCGAAUUAUUCAGGUUUCGUAAAAUACAAAAUAUGUGGACUGCUCGGUCGUUUGUCACCAAAAUCACUCAAUUUAGAUCUUUACCUCAUCGCCGAUAGAAAAUGAAGCAAACCGGCGUUGAAGGGGAUCCAUAAAUUAUCUGUGCAGUUAUUUAUACACACAGUAUCUUUCUUCCUUGAUGUUUGUCUAAUAACUAAAUCAGCCACAGUUAUAUUAUUGUAGCAAAUAUACCAUACCUUUUAUACAUGUCAUAGUUCUGACAUGAUAUUUGUUUUAGGUAAACAAAUCCUUAUGUGUUCA